AUGGAGGGCAUGAGUGGCGCCGCGACGCGCCAUUUGUACAACAACCUGUGCGCCUUGCCAGGCGGCUGCAGCUGCCUGCAGAUCGGGGUUUGGAAGGGCUCGUCGGUGGUGGCGGCGCUGUCGGGCAACCCCGGCUGCCGAGUGACUGCGGUGGAUUGCUGGUCCGAGUUUGGGGGCCCACGGGACGAGUUCCUGGCGGUGUGCGAGCAGCUGCUGUCGGAAGACGAGCGGGCGCAGAUGCAGCUGGUGGACGGCGACGCGUUCAACCUCCAGCCGCCGCUGCCAGAGUCUCACUAUGACCUGUACAUUUACGACGGCGCCCAUGACUACGCCAGCCAGGCACGCGCCAUUGCAGCUGCGCUGUAUGUUUUUGCCAUCACUGCUAUAUGGCGCCACCUCACCACAACCGCCAUCGUAGUCAUCGAUGACAUCAACUUUGACAGCGUCCGCCAGGGCACCGCGGACGGCUGCGAGGCGGUCGGCGGCUGCAUGGCAGGGGGCGGCGUCAUCGCCGCGUCCUUUGAGCGGCGGCUGACGCUGGACGGCAGCCACACGCCGCUGCCGGAGGCUCGCAGGGGCUACUGGAAUGGAGUGCUGGUGCUCGUCAUCGACAAGAGCGCCGCGGCGCCUGGGGCCCCUGGCGCAGGCGGCAGCAGCGGCGCAGGCGGCGACAUGGGGCCAGGAACCCCGUUGGAAGAGGGGAUUCCAGGCCGGGAGGCCAGCGUUGAUUGA